GCAUUGUACCCCUUCUUUCCGUACCCAUUUCGGGCGUCCAGACCUUCCCCCGCGCCUCGUGCUCACCAUCCCUCGCCGCCGGCUUGCAGCCCCUCGGCCGGCCGGGGCGGGCCAGGAGCUGCGCAGCAGCUACCUGGAGGGAAAGGCAGCCGAGGCGCCGGCUAAAAUCGGUGCGCGGGCUCGGAGCAUGGCGCGCCGCAGGCAGGGAUCAGCGAGAGCGCGCAACCGCGGGGAGGAGUGCGCGCGGCACUUCGCCCGCGCGCGCGAGGGCGUAAGGGGGGCGCUCCGCAGCCCGGGCCUGACGGUGCAUGGCGAGGAUCGAAGCCCUGCUGGAAAAUUGCACCGAGCAGUGGCAGCAGUCUGCAGGUCAGCGGCGAGGUUGGCGGCGGAGGAGGAGAAUCAGCAUGAGGAGCACAAAGGACCCCCCUCUUCCCCCGUGCCAAGGAGAGGAGGAGAGGACAACUAUCCCAGCGGCCACUCUGCGCGAAGCAGAAUUCAAAAAAAAAAAAAACAAAAAAAAAAGCCAGAGGAGCCGAAAACGCCUAUACUGGCUUGAGGGAACUCUGAUGAGGCAGGUCCAUGGCUGGCCUACGAGUGAUACUCACGACACUUGUUCACAGGCGUCAGCCCGCGAUUACCGCAAAACAAAAACACAUGCGCAGAGGAUCCUCCGAGAUUUGUGUAGCUGCCUUCCGUCGCGGAAACACACCAAGACGUCGGGAAGGAAUCGUGCCGAAAUCUGCUUCAGAUGCGCCAGUCCUCCUCGCGAGCCCGCCACAUCAGUAGAAGAAAAGUCGUCCAACACUUGCUCUGGACCUCCCUCCUCCUACCGAUGCUGGCGCGCACGAGGUGGUGGCGCGGUCCACCCCGUGCCCCGCGCGGCGCGGCUGGCGCGCGCGCUGACGCCGAGAAGGGAACGUAAGGGGCCGCUCCCACGGGCAUUAGCCCCGGCCCCAUCGGGGCGGAGCGUGCGAAGAGGCCGAGCCCUCGCAGGCACAGCCAAUAUAGGGACGCAAGGGCGCGUGGCCCUGCAGGAAAACAUAGAGGCCUCCCAGAUGGGGUCCGAGCAGAUGGCGUCGGAGGGUCGCGCCGCAUCGCCAACGCAUCGCCG